AUGCACUUACAAUUUCACAAAAUAUAUAAAAAAUCUCUUUUCAAGAAAAAUGUUUCAGAAAGUCAAAAUGGAACAAAUUUAUUUAAUGGUUCAAAUAAUAAUAGUACUGUUUGUUUAUCAGUAAUCAACCCUAAAACUCGUCUAUUUCAACAUGAAAGAUGUAGACCACCAUUAAGUUGUGCAGCUGGUGUAGGAUUGUCGAAAACUCGUUCCAAUUUUAUUACUGAAAAUUCAUUGAAAUGCUUACUAGGAUCAAUUAAACAACGUGGUAGUGGCGGCCAUGUUAUCCACCACAAUAAUAACAAUAAAAAUUCAAUUUCACUAAAUUCUGACGCUCUACCAAACUCAUCAUUUACACGUGCAAUAUUAGAUCCGGAAACAGCGAUGCAACAAAAACGUCAACGCAUAUUAGAAGCUAAACUUAUGCAAAUGUUACAUCAUGAUAAUAUUGAAUCAGAAUCCUAUGUUCAACUACUUUCUAUGGAAAAAUAUGCGACACGUUUCAUGUGUCUUGUGUCUUAA